ACUUGCGAAAUUUUCUGGUAUGGUUCCAGACGACUGGAGGACUUGUCCUUACAGUCUUAUUGAAGAGAUCACCAACGACUUUAGUGAAGAAAACUACAUCGGCAGUUUCCAAUUCGGUAAAGUCUACCGUGGAGAUUACGAAGGAAAGAAGGUUACGGUGAAGAUAUCGGAGGACAAACCUCUGAAUUUUCUGGUCAGACCAGGAGAAGUCGCACGCAGCUUCCGGGAAGAAUCUUAUAUGCACAUGUGGUUGACUAAAUCGGGACUACACGAUCUUCACCCAAACAUAGUCAAGUGCCUUUGUCACACUUAUUUCGAAGGAUAUUUUGCUCGUGUUUACGACCUGAAUCCUCUGGAUACACUGCACAAUCUUGUCACCAAAGAUAGCUUUACUUGGCACCAGAGGAUCAGGGCUGCUUUAGGACUUGCUAACUUUCUUGCGUACCUUCAUUGUUUUGACCCGCCUUUGCUGGUUCGUAAUUUGGAUGCUGCUCAUGUAAUGAUUGACCAGGACUACAAUGCAGUGUUAUAUGACUUCAGCAUGCUUUCAGGUGGAUAUUUAACCGAUAGGUCGUUCCUCAUAGAUGAAGAUGCGAAAGGCUGUCAUGGAUACAUGGAUCCAAAUUUUGACAAUCAUGGCAAAUGGUCUAACAAAGCUGAUGUCUUCGCAUAUGGAGUUGUGUUAUUGUGUUUGAUCGGCAAAAGAGUCUAUACAGAGGAGGACAGAUUAAGUCCUGCUCCUGCGCCUUCUGUCUAUGAAUGGGCCGAAAAUGAGUACAACGGAUCGAAGCCAGCCAAGGGCUCUAGCAAAAUUAAAUCGUCUCUUGUGGAUGAAAGUCUCAAAGAAAGUCCGUUGUUCAAAUUCAAAGACAGUUUAAAGAUUACAAAGCUGGCCAUGCAAUGUAUCAAGCAUAACCCUCAUCGCCGCCCAUCAAUGAAGCAAGUCGUUAGCUGUUUGCUGAAUCUGCAUAUUGUUCAGUAUGAUAAAGAGGCUGUGGGUUUUGAUCACAAACUGUUUGUGGAAGUCACUCUGCCCAAUCCACUGAAGGAUAAGUUUAAAGAUUUGAAGGAAUGGAUUAUGACAGAUCUCUAUUCUCAUCUCUCAAGCUGGUUUUAUUUUGGAGGCAUCAGAAGAACUGUCCCAUUCAUCUCUAAUCGUUUCUACAGCCAGAAUCAGUGGCCUUUAGGUUGGCGAUCCUCAUUCUUCUCCCAGCCUUUUCAUAUUGAAAGAACUCCUUGUCCAAGCAUAGCUAAUAAAAGAAGUAUUCUGAUUGAAGCAGCAAAACGGCAUGGUAAGAUGCAACUGUUUUCAUUUGAAGACCUCAGCCAGUUCACUGAUGAGUUUUCCAUGGAGAAUUUUAUUGGGAACUUCCAGUUUGGCAAAAUGUAUCAUGGAAAGAUUGGAUCACGAGCAGUGACUGUGAAAAUAUUAGACAAGGCAGAGACAUAUUUUAAUUCUCCCGGAGUGGGAGAAUUGAUGGAUGAGCUAACUCUACUUCGGCAUCCAGAGUUCAUCCUACACCCUUCUAUGGUGAAGUUGGUAGGCUACUGUUGUGAAGAUGAGAACCUUGGUGUAGUGUAUGAUCUGAAUUCCUUGGAUACUGCUCAAAACCUCCUGACAGAAGAUAGCUUUACAUGGAUGCGGAGGAUUAAGGUUGCUCUUGGAUGUGCUCGUCUUCUUGAAUUCCUUCACUCCAAGGAUGGACGGGAUCUACCUUAUGCAGUCCGUAAUAUACGUCCAAGUCAUAUAAUGGUUGACAAGGAAUACAACCCAAUAAUGUUCGAGUUUGCAAUGUUUACUGGUGGAAUUCUUCCUCUGCCAAAAUACAAGAAGCUUUCAAAGCAUAAAUUGUGUCUCGGCUACACUGAAUGUCAUCCUGAAGAUGAAGUAUGUGGGUUUCAAAUGGGAGAAGAAAGAUAUGAUUUACGAGGCGGGUGGACAGAAACCGAUGUGCUUGCGUUUGGGACUGUUCUCCUUAAUCUGAUUACGAUGAGGCCCUAUAAGUACUCGGAAGGACCUUUUCCUCAUGACUGGGCCAAGGAGUACGAGGAGAAAAUUGCCGGGUCAGAUGACGAGAUGAAAUGCUCGUUGGUACAUGCAAGCCUGCAAGCGAACCCGGGAUUCUAUUCCGACGAUGGACCUAAGAUCACAAGGUUAGCAAUGCAAUGCAUUGAGAGCUCACGCCAUGAUCGCCCUAGCAUGAGGCAAGUGGUGAACCAAAUGCUGAAGUUGCGUAUUAUCAGAAAGCACGCAAAGGCACUCGGCUUCUAUUGAAGCCGAAUGUGAUACAUUGUAUGUUGGGGUGUAGUUCAUACUUCCCAUUGAUACGAAGGCACAAAGUCCCUUUGGAUGUAGCAAGGAAGCAGCACCCUUGGGAUGUCAAUAGCACUAUAU